AUGUCUUCUCGCGCUUCUGCCAAAUCACCCACUCCAGGAUCCUCAUCCUCUUCGCGCAACCAGCCUCAGAGCCUCGCGCAGGAGCCCGCCAACACUGAGGACUUCGACAUGCCGGACCUCAAUGCGCCUGUCACCUACGACGGAACCCCCGGGACCCUUAAAGGAUUCCUAAUUCAGGUUAAAAACUACCAGAACUUUCACCAUAGAGAUUUCACCAACGAAACCGAAAAAGAAGAAUACCUUAAAUGCAAGACCCUCGACGAGUGCACCACCGAGACCCGCGACAUCUACGCCAAUUUUAAAGGAUUCGAGGAUACGCUCAGGUCACUCUUCCAAGACCCCGACGAAAAGCGACAAGCCGAACGAGAUCUAGCACAACUUAAGCAGACUAAGUCUGCUAAAGACUACUCCGCUAAUUUCCGACAACUUAGCUACGCCGAACUCGCCAUCAAAAUCGACAACCGGCUUUUCGAACGACGAAAGGAAAGAAGCGAAAAACGACAAAACCCCAACUCAGGACGCAAGUACCAGUGGCAGCCUCAGCACCAGUUCAACAACCAGCGAAACGACAAUAGACCCCGCAACAACUAG